UCCUCUCUCCUUCCAUUCUUUUCGAUAUUCCAUGGCCAAGAAUCCACCUGAAUAAUUCCCUUGUGAUUCUGCUUCACUCUCUAGGUUCUGUUCCGCAAGCUCACUUUGUUCACCAAAGCAUGACUCCCUCUUAUUGCUUAUCUUCAAGAAACGAAGCAUUUCUUCUCCAUAGCUCUCAUCUCUACCUCCCAAAACAGAGACCUAGUGAAUCCCAGUACUUCCCAAAAAAGGAAACAAACUUUCUCAAACCCAAGUCUUCUUUCUUCCCCAUCUUGAGGCUAAACAACUCCAAACUCGCACACCCUUUUGCCUUAUCUUCAUUCGCAGAAGCCGGAGGCGAAGAACACGAACAACAAGAUGUUCAACUGAAUCAACAAACCUCAAAAACGGAUGACCAGGCCGAGGAGCGUGGAAUGGCUGAGGCCUUCCACAUAUCUUCUAGAACUGCUGCGGCCAUUUCCAUAUGCAUAGCAUUCGCUGCCCUUACUCUUCCCUACUUCAUGAAGUCUUUAGGACAAGGUCUGGCCUUGAAGACCAAGCUGUUGUCGUACGUAACCCUCCUGUUUGGGUUCUACAUGGCUUGGAAUAUCGGGGCCAAUGACGUGGCAAAUGCCAUGGGGACUUCGGUGGGCUCAGGAGCGUUGACUCUCCGGCAGGCCGUGGUGACUGCCGCGGUGUUGGAAUUCUCGGGGGCGCUUCUGAUGGGGACUCAUGUUACGAGUACAAUGCAGAAGGGGAUUCUGGUGGCGAAUGGGUUUCAGGGGAAAGAUACUCUGCUUUUUGCUGGCUUGCUUUCUUCUCUUGCUGCUGCUGGUACUUGGUUGCAGGUUGCAUCAUAUUAUGGCUGGCCUGUGUCAACAACGCACUGUAUAGUAGGAUCCAUGGUUGGAUUUGGACUAGUCUAUGGCGGAGCAGGUGCCGUCUUUUGGAGUUCACUGGCAAGAGUCAUUUCUUCAUGGAUUAUCUCACCAUUCGUGGGAGCACUGGUCUCCUUUCUCGUAUACAAAUGCAUCCGUAGGUUUGUGUAUAGUGCUCCAAAUCCUGGACAAGCUGCGGCUGCGGCAGCACCAAUUGCUGUGCUUGUGGGUGUAAGUGCAAUCUCAUUUGCAGUGCUUCCCCUUGGAUCAAGCUUGCCUUUGGCUGUGGCCAAGGCUCUAGGCUGUGGAGCUGCCGGUGCGCUCCUUGUGUCCAGAAUUAUCCAAGGGCAGCUUGGUGAUCUCCUUCUCAAGUCGAAAUCAUCAUCGCAAACUGAACCUACAGAUGUCCAGAAAGAUAUCGGGUUUCUCUCUGAUAUUGCAGGUCCAACUGGUACCCAACUGAAAAUAGUAUACGGGGUGUUUGGAUACAUGCAAGUACUCUCCGCCUGCUUCAUGUCAUUUGCUCAUGGUGGGAAUGACGUCUCCAAUGCAAUAGGUCCUUUGGCUGGUGCAUUAUCUAUUCUUCAAGGCGGUGCUGCUGGAGGUGACAUUGUUAUUCCAACCGAUGUUCUUGCGUGGGGAGGAUUUGGAAUCGUAGCUGGUCUUACAAUCUGGGGAUAUAGGGUUAUAGCGACAAUUGGGAAGAAGAUCACAGAACUGACACCAACUAGAGGAUUUGCAGCUGAAUUUGCUGCAGCCUCUGUGGUUCUGUUUGCGUCGAAGCUGGGACUACCCAUCUCUGCAACUCAUACUCUAGUGGGUGCAGUAAUGGGGGUGGGAUUUGCAAGGGGGCUUAACAGCGUUAGAGCAGAAACUGUGAGGGAAAUCGUGCUUUCUUGGGCAGUGACAAUCCCAGCUGGUGCUUUCUUUUCUGUUUUCUACACAUGGAUCUUGACCAAGCUGUUAUCAUAUGUUUUGUGAGUGUUGCACAUUUGAUGAUAGAAGUGAUAAACAGCUCAUGUACGUCUUUUAUUAAAAAACAUACACCCACUUCUUUCGAAA